AUGCUCGCAUCGGAACAGGCACGCAAGACAAGGGGGGCAUGCGGCGUGGAAGCGAUGAUUAAAAUUUCACAUUCACAAGCUCAACAGUCCAAGAAGGCGACUUCGGUGACGAGCCAAUUCUUCUUCUUCUGCAAUUCUGAUCCGUCGAAAACCCCCGGUGCCUUGCGAGACGCGAUGCCUAAUGCUUUGCGGUUGCGGUGGUCGAUGCAGUUGUCGGCGACACGGAAACUGACCUUUUCUGGCUUGAUACUGGACUUUCUUCGUUCGCUCGGCGUUGUAGGCAAUCAAAGUUUCGCUUCGUUUCCCGGGCACGAAUGGUGUGAAAAGGGAAAGCACACUGAGUGGGCUGCGCAAUCGCAUCGACAGGUUUCAAUGGCGGGCGCCAAUGGCGACAGCUUGCGACCGAUGUCGUCGUUCCAACCGGCGUCGUCGCUUGCACGCGACAUGAACAGCAGCACCAGCACGAGCAGCGGGGCUGGCCCCGUGGUGCAACCACGACCUCGACCGCUGAUCCGUGGCGCACAGGGUAGCGGCACGACGGUGCUGGUGAACAACUGCCAGCGCGGCAAUCCCGUGCUUCAACACAUCCGCAACAUCGGCUGGGAAUACGCGGACAUUGUGCCGGACUAUCAAGUGGGGCUUUCGUCGUGCGUGUUGUUCCUGUCGAUCCGAUACCACCGGUUGCAUCCCGAAUACGUGCAUACGCGCAUCUCGAAGCUGCAACAGAUGUACACGCUGCGCGUGCUUUUGGUGCUGUGCGAUGUCAACGACCACCAAGCUGCGAUCCGGGAGCUUACAAAAGUGUCGAUGAUCAACUCGCUCACCAUGGUGCUUGCCUGGAGCGCCGAGGAGGCGGGCAAGUACAUUGAAACGUACAAGUCGUUCGAGCACAAGCCUCCGGAUGCCAUCAAGGAGCGCAUUGGCGAAGAUUACCUCGCGCAGGUGACCAAUGUGCUGACGCAGAUCCGGGGGAUCAAUCGCACCGACGUCGUCACCUUGCUCAGCACGUUCGGCACGCUUCGAGGCGUGGUCAAUGCCGAGGUGGCCCAGGUAGCCAUGUGUCCCGGCUUUGGAGAGGUCAAGGCGAAAAGGCUGUGCGAUGCGGUUAGGAUGCCGUUCAGAGUCGGGGAGACCAGGACGUUCAAGCAGCGCAAAUCUACAGCCUCUACCACCGCCACGAGAGGUGCGGGAUCAGAGGCACCAGCACAGCCCGCAGCAGCGCCAACCACGCGCGCGCUAGACACACUCGAAGCCCAACUGGAUACCCUGCCCGAUCUUGAGGCGUUGGAUGGGGAGGAGGACUUGGACCAAGACGAACACUUGCGUCUGGCCAUCCAGCUCUCCAUGCAGUCCGACUCGUAG